AUGGAGGCAUUGAGCAAAUUGUUGGCAAGAGCAGGUCAUGAAGGCUUCCUGGAAGGUUUUGUGGUGGAGUCUCCCACAGGAGCAUCUAUGAGUGUUUCCCGUUUGUUACAUGCAGAUAAUGUGCUAAUCUUUUGUGGGGCGGUGGUGGAACAAUUGGGUUACUUGAAAUGUGCUUUGUUAUGUUUCAAGGCUAUCUCAGGCCUUCGGGGAAAUUUGAGGAAGUCUAAGCUGAUUCCAGAGGGUAAGGUGGAGGGAUUGCCAGUGCUAGCGGCGGUAUUGGGUUCUAAGGUGUCCAUUUUGCUGGUGACCUAUUUAGGUUUGCCAUUGGGGGCGUCAUUUAAGGCUAAAGGGGUGUGGGAUGGGGUUGUGGAAUGGAUUCAACGACAGUUAGCCAGUUGGCAACGGCAAUAUCUUUCGAAAGAGGAAAGGUUGAAUCUGAUCAAGAGUGUGCUGAGUAGUAUCCCAACAUACUUUAUGUUUGUGUAUGUUAUUUCGGUGUCUGUGGCGCGACGGAUUGAGAAGUUACAAAAGGAUUUCCUGUGGGGUAGUGGGGGUGAUGAUUUUAGUUAUCACUUGGUGGAUUGGGGCUGGAUCUGUCAACCGAAAGUGGCAGGGGGUGAGGAGUUUAGUGACUUUUAA